CCCAGCUAGUCAGCAUGAGCGACGACCCGACCCAAGAGCGCCCUCUCGCGCCCCCGAUCGACUACUCGCAGCUGUCGACCUCGACCGGUGCCUCGCCUCCGCCUCGCGCCAACGACGACACGCCCACCGCGACCUCGAUCGACCACUCGCCUGCAGGCAGGACCGCCGCAGUCGAGCUCCUGUCGGGCCAGCCCGCCAACGCGCACCCGCCCGCCGCCGCUGCUCCCGAGCUCGUCGACUCGCCCGCCCCGGCUCACGCGCACCCCGAGACGACGACGUCGUCGGCGGCCUCCACCACCUCGGCCCCUCCGCCUCCGCCCGCCGCCGACAACCUCGCCGUCGACGAUACCAAGCCCGCCGUCGUCGACACGCCAAAACCUGCUCCUCCUGCCGCCGAGUCGGUCUCGAGCGCCGAUGCCGCACCUCGUCCUGCCGUCGAGGCCGCACCCGUCCAGGUCCCCGGCGACGAGGCGGCGGCGGCCCGUCAGCCCGUCGCGCAGGCCGCCUUCGAGCCGCAGGUCGUGCGCCCGCCGACGGCGCAGACCGCCGCCGUCGUCCAGGACCCGGCCGUGCCCGCCCAGGUCGACGUCGUCCCGCCGCCGACGUCCAAGCCGAUCGUGCCUGCCGCCGAGUCGCACCUCGCCGAGCACCCGGCCACGUCCACCGACACGGACCACGUCCUCCCGCUCGGCUCGGACGUCCACCCGGUCCACCAGGCCGCCGCGCUCGAGCACGCGCCCGACCACGUCGUCAACGCCCAGGUCGAGAAGCACAAGGCCGACAAGCGCGAGCUGUACGGCCUCGAGCCGCAGGGCACCAUCGUUCCCGGCCUCGAGGACGACAAGCUGUGGGCCAUGCUCCGCCGGUUCGACAACCAAAUCUCGCACACGCUCACGCCGCCGACCAAGCUCCCUCGCGGCGAGCCCGACCUGCGGCCCUCGACGCUGCCCGCCGUCCCGUUCAACCCCGACUCGCUCAAGGCCAACAUGAUGCGCUGCUACGCGACGUUCGGCGUGUGGGGCAUCUAUGGCGCGAGGGAGCUCAUGAGGCUCAUGAGCUGGGCGCCCGAGAACCGCAGGAGGACCGCCGCCUGGUGCUUCGCCUACUUCUUCUUCGCCCUGUUCCGCAUGGUCCUCCCCGCCGUCUUCCUCCUUCUCGCCGCACUCGUCGCCUAUCCGCGCUCGCGCAAGAUCCUGUUCCCGCCCAUCCCUCCCCCUCCCGGCAAGCCCCCCUCGGCGACCGACCCGACCAACCAGAAGGGCGACGAGUCGCUCAUCGCCGGCGUCGGCGACCCGGUCGAGCACCGCUCGCGCGCCGAGCAGAUCGAGGAGCAGGCGUGGGAGUUCACCAACCUCGUGCAGCGCUUCGGCGCGCGCGUCGUCGUCGGCGGUCGCGCCGGCGGCAAGCAGGGCAACGCCGAGGUCGGGCGCAAGCGCCACGUCGACGACGCGAGCGACAGCGAGGACGAGCUCGACUCGGACGAGCAGGACCUGCACGAGGUGGCGCAGAGCGAGGGCCUCGGCGCCGCGGCCGACAAGGAGAACAAGGAGCGCAAGCUGAGCGACAAGCAGCGCGCGAAGCAGAAGGCCAAGGAGGCCAAGAUUGCGCGCGACGCCAAGAUCGGCAAGCUCGCAAAGGGCGUCCAGGACGGCCUCAAUAACGCGGCCGACCUCGCCGAGGUCGCUGUCGCCCCGUACAAGCCCUACCCGAUCUACCACGCGCGCGAGAAGCUCGCGACCCAGGUCCUCAUCCCGAUCGCCAUCGUCUUUGCCGUCGUCCCGGCCAAGGUCUGGACCAUGGCGGCGUCGCUCGGGUUCGGCUUUGCGUUCUUCGGUCAGCCCCUCAUCAUGCGCGGCUUUGCGCUCCUCCAGGAGAAGGUGCCCGACUGGCAGGACCGUAUCGACCUUCGCAACACGCUCUUCUCCAAGGUCCCGACCAACGCCCAAGUCGUCCUGCACGUCGUCCGCGUCGCCGAGCGCGCCUACACGCCGUUCCCGCUCCCGCCGGCGCCGCCGACGGCCGGCCACAUGCGCGAGGCGGUCCAGUCGGGCGGGUUCGACGGCGACGAGAUGGGCGCCGACGGCUACAGCGCCGAGAACGCCAACCAGCACAGCGUCGAGGCCGGCGGCCUCGCCAACCACGUCGACUCGGACGACUCGGACGACGACACGUCGUCGACGGCGCCGAGCACGGUCGACAAGAUGGCGACCAAGGGCAAGAGCAAGAUUGUCGGCGCGUUCAAGAAGGUGGCCAAGAAGGCGGCCGUGUUCCGCGGCGACGUCGCCGUCGAGGGCGAGACGACCAAGCAGAAGGUCGGGAACAAGAUCGACCGCCUCAUGCACCACUCGCGCGCCAAGGACGAGAUGACGCCCUUCUCCUUCCCGGCCAAGUUCAACGGCACCUCGGGCCACCUCAUCGUCAAGCACUCGCCCACGCUCGCCAAGUCGACGCUCAGCUUUACGCCGCUCAAGGCGUCGCUCCAGCACCCCGAGUUCGAGUACGAGAUCGAGGACCUCGUCGAGCUCAAGAAGCGCGGUGUCUGGAUCGGCCGCUCGGUCCUCGGCUGGGCCGCGUCGAUCAACCUCGAGGGCAUGGGCCUCGACUUGCGCUUCAAGCCGCUCGAGCAGCGCAUGGCCGAGAAGGCGCACGGCGGGCUCGGCGAGGGCGACAAGCCGCACGAGGAGCACGUCGAGGGCGAGACGCUCGGGUUCUCGCACGUCGGGCGCCGCGACGAGCUGUUCCGCCGCCUCCUCGGCAUCUCGAACGCUCGGUGGGAGGUGCUCUAGAGUUCCCUCUCCCCCCUUCCUACCCCCUCUUGCACGCUGACCUGCGUCGUCGUCCCCCUCCCCUCCUCCUUCCCUCCCUGUCCUUCUUCUCGCUCUCGGUCCCUCCCCUCGUCGCAGUCUCGCUAGUCACCCCUACCCUACACACCUAUAGACGAUUGUAGCUCUCGGUACCUCGCAACGCUGUCCAUAGUCCUCUCCUC